AUGGAGGCGACCGAGGAUCUGCUCUUGGGGAGGGGGAGACUGCAAUUAGCCCCCGAUCCACGCCUGGGCCCGGAGUCGGGAUGGAGCCCUCCCAGAAAAGAGUGUGCACCAGGACUCAAAGAUGUUCCGCCCGGAGAGACCCGAGCCAUCCUCGCUCUGAAGAACCUCCCUCGGGGCUUGGCCCUUGGCCCCUCACUCACCGCGGAACAGCGCUUGGGGGUCUGGUGUGUCGGGGAGCCCUUGCAGCCGGGACUGCUCUGGGGACCGCUGGAAGAGGAGUCUGUCUCCAAGCAGAAGAGGAAUGGAGUGGAACCAAAGCAGAAGGAGGCCGUGUCCCUAGGCUCAUGGGGAGACGUGUGUGCUUGUGAGCAGAGUGCAGGCUGGACUAGUUUGGUGCAGCGGGGCAGGCUGGAGGGCGAGGGGAACGUGGCCCCAGUGUGGAUCAGCGAGAGGCUCCACCUGCAGGUGUCCCGGCUCGUGCUGCCGGGCUUUGAGCUGCGGCUGUGGCCCCAGCGUCCCUCUGAGGGCCUGAGCCCCACCCAGCCCAGGCUAGAGGAAGCGGCAUCCUCAGCGGCAGUGACAGAAGUGGAGUCUGUUGUGCGACCGGAAGUGGCCUCCCCCAGGGAGGAAGCAGCGGAAGCUUGCCCAGAUCCUGGUCACCGGUCACCCCCCAGCAUCCAGGCAGAGAGUGUGGUGAGCCCUGGACCUUCACCCCAGACCCAGGCCCCAGUUUCCAAGGAGCGCCAGCCACUCAGCCCGCUGCCUGAAGAUGGCCACAUGGGUGAGGAGGGCCCGCCCCAGCCCCCACCUGGACCUCAGAGCAGCUCUGCUCCCCAGCAGGGCCCUGCACAGGGUGAGGCCGGUUCCGCCUCUUCUGACAGGGCCCCCCAGCUGUGUGCUCCCCUGGUCAAGAAGCUGCGGAGCCCCAGUGGUCCUCGCCCACCCAGGGGGAAGACCUCAGAGCCUGGGGCCCAGGCGACUGCAGAGCAGCAGCACGCUGGCUUCCCCGCCCGCCUGCAGAGCCCCCCUGGCCCGACGGGAGGCCCCCCGAAGCAGGGCCGGCGGCACCGCUGCGGGGAGUGUGGCAAGGCCUUCCUGCAGCUCUGCCACCUGAGGAAGCACGCGUUCGUGCACACGGGCCACAAGCCCUUCCUCUGCACGGAGUGCGGCAAGAGCUACAGCUCGGAGGAGAGCUUCAAGGCCCACACGCUGGGCCACCGCGGGCUGCGGCCCUUCCCCUGCCCGCAGUGCGACAAGGCCUACGGCACCCGGCGGGACCUCCGGGAGCACCAGGUGGUCCACUCCGGCGCCCGGCCCUUCCGCUGCGAGCAGUGCGGCAAGGCCUUUGCCCGCCGGCCCUCCCUGCGGCUGCACCGCAAGACACACCAGGCGGUGGCGGCCCCCGCCCCGUGCCCCUGCCCCGUGUGCGGGCGGCCCCUGGCCAGCCAGGGCUCCCUGCGGAACCACAUGCGGCUGCACACGGGGGAGAAGCCCUUCCUGUGCCCACACUGCGGCCGCGCCUUCCGCCAGCGGGGCAGCCUGCGCGGGCACCUGCGGCUGCACACGGGCGAGCGCCCGCACCGCUGCCCGCACUGCGCCGCCGCCUUCCCGCAGCGGCCCGAGCUGCGGCGCCACCUCAUCUCCCACACGGGCGAGGUCCACCUGUGCCCCGUGUGCGGGAAGGCGCUGCGGGACCCACACACGCUGCGCGCCCACGAGCGCCUGCACUCGGGCGAGAGGCCCUUCCCCUGCCCGCAGUGCGGCCGGGCUUACACGCUGGCCACCAAGCUGCGGCGCCACCUGAAAUCCCACCUGGCCGACAAGCCCCACCGCUGCCCCACCUGCGGCAUGGGCUACACGCUCCUGCAGAGCCUCAGGCGGCACCAGCUCAGUCACCAGCCUGGCGCCCCCGCCAGCCCGCCCUGUGUGCCGCCUGCCACUGCCGAGCCCACCGUGGUGCUCCUGCAGGCCGAGCCAGAGCUGCUGGAUGCAGGCAGUGAAGGGGACGGCGCCCCGGCCCAGGACAUCUUCCAGGUCACCAUUUCUGAGAGCCAGGAGAAGCGCUUUGUGGCGCCUGAGGAGCCGGGCCCUGCCCCCGGCCUGGUGCUCAUCCACAAGGACCUGGGCUUCAGCACCUGGGCGGAGGUGGUGGAGGUGGAGACAGGGACCUGA